AUGGCCCUCCACCCCUCCUCUCAACUCGCUUCCGCUCCACUAUCCGGUGUUCUUCUCAACCUCCUUGCGAUGGGAGUCAAAAAUGUGCAAUCAUUCCCUUGGUUGGAACCACCAAAACAACAGGCCAUAGAUUCCGGUCUGCAGCUGCUUCAACGCCUCGGAGCGAUCACCAUUGUUCCCCAAUCCAAUAAAUCACCCUUCGCUUGCAACGGUGUCGCCUUCACAAACGCCAUCCCUAGUCCCAUUAAAUUAACGAAACUUGGUCGUCUGAUGACGGUUUUCCCCCUCGCCCCGCGGUUUGCUAGAGCGUUGUGCUCUGCAGCGCAUCUCAAUUGUCUAAUUGAGGCAAUAAUUGUAGUUAGUAUGCUCUACGUCGCUCCUGUCUUCUACGUGCCGCAGGAGAGCAGGGAGGAAUUCAACGAGAUCGCCAUGCGAUUUCGUCACCCCGAGGGUGACCUUGCUAGUCUGGUUCUCGUCUACAGAGCCUAUAUAAAGGCCGCAGAGACUUCAAGCAACACCGAUGGUGUAGCGUCAGCAGCAACAUCAGUCUCCACGAGGCUUGCCGGACGGAAUCGAUGGUGUCGUGAGAACUUUCUCAACCAUGCACGCAUGCGUACCGCGGUGAAGGUUCGAGCUCAGCUUCGCGAUCUGGUCGCCACUCUUGCCACUAGGCGCGCCGACAACGCAGCCGACAAUACGCGGGAGAGCUUCCCCUAUUACAAACGCCUUGGCGAUACGAACCCCUCGUCUCCUCUGCUCUGCAUCCAUCCCGAUUCGAGCCUAUACCCUCUAGCGGUUGUUGCACGAUGUCCACCACCAGCCGUGCUCUUCCUUGAAGCCGUGGACUCCAGUUUCGUGCCUUUCAGUGAUACUCACCAACGUGUUAUGAUGCGACACGUCUGCAUGAUACCUUCGUCAUGGCUGGGAGAUGAGGAAAAGGAGGCGGAGGAAACAGAAAAGGUAGAUGUCGAACAGUCGAGAGUGCCAACUUUGGCGCAGGAACCAGAUGGGUCUUGCAGUCCUACCAAUGUGCUUAGUCUUUCAGAUGAUGAGAACCGACGUAGACAGUUGAAGCGCUGGUUGAAGAAUAGGCGGAAGAAGGUAGCAAGAGCGAAACGAAGGAAAAUGAAUGGUAUGGAUCAGGAGUUGUGCUAA